GCCAACAUGGCCCUCUGGCUUUGCUAUUUAGCUUUCGCCGUGGUCUUCUACUACUACCUCACCAGGCCAUCCAAUCCGCUCUACGUCCCCACCGUCAAGUACAGCCGUUUGCUCCCGGACUUCAUCAACCGAAUCCUUUACUACGUGACUGCGCCAUCUUUGAUCCACAGAGGAUAUGAGAAGUACAAAGAUAGACCCUUCCGCAUCCUCAAACCCAAUGGCGACUUGAUCGUGCUACCGGCUAAAUAUCUCAAGGAGAUUCAUCGCAUUCCACCUCAGAAGUUGAAUCCAGUGGAUACGGAUUUCAAGACUAUGUUGCGUGACUAUGCCAUUGCGACGGCUGUGAGUGAUCUUCCCGCCCAAGCUGUCACCAAGAGGUUGAAUGUUUCACUUGGUCAAAUCAUUCCAGAGGUAAUCGAGGAGCUGCAUUAUGCGAUCAGUGUCGAAAUCCCCAAGUGCAAAGAACAAUGGGCUUCGAUUAACCUCUACAACACUAUCCUUCGCAUCGUCAGCCGUACCAUCUCCCGCGUUGCUGUCGGUGAAGACAUAUGCCGAAGCGAAGAAUGGACCAAUGCCAUUUCUUCCUACACAUCCAACGCCAUCUUCACCAUUAACAUGCUCCAGUUCUUCCCCUGGUUUCUCCGUCCCCUGAUCUCACAAUUCACUCCCCUCAAUGAUCUCCAUCAAGAGCAACUCUGGAUACAACGGGAGCUUCUCGUACCUAUGAUUCAGACCCGCCGGUUCGCGGAGAUCAAUCAAACAAUGUACAUAAAGCCGGACGAUCUGAUGCAAUGGAUGAUGGAUCUGGCAAAAGCCUCGUUCGAUCGCGAUCCUGAGAGCAUGGCGAGGGGGUUGCUGGAGCUCACCAGUGUGAAGAUGAUCCAUACCACCACGUUGCUAGUGACCCAUGCGCUCUACGAACUUGUGGCUCGACCGGCGUAUAAAGAGCCGUUGCGGCAUGAGGCCCGGAAGAUGCUGAAGAACGGAUGGUCGAGGGUGACGCCGGAAAGUCUGGAGAAUCAACGCCUUCUGGAUAGUUUUCUGCGCGAAUCUCAGCGCUGGAACCCGCCCAGUGAGGUCAACGUUCACUACAUUGCCAAACGCCACUUCACUCUUUCAGACGGGCUUCAAAUUCCCAGGGGGUCUCAUAUCUGCUUCGCUGCCGGUCCUAUGGCGAAAGACCCAUCCAUUGUGUCUGAAGGACAGAUGUUUAAUGGAUUCCGCUGGUGUAAGGAUCCCACCAAGCGUCUAGUGUCUACUGACCUGGCGAACCUGCAUUUCGGGUCUGGUAGCGAAGCGUGUCCGGGGCGGUUUUUCGCGGUGAGUAUUGCUAAGCUGAUCAUGAGUCGCCUACUUUGUGACUAUGAUAUGAAUUUUGAGGAAAGGCAGGCCAGACCAGCGAAUCUUUGGGAGGGGGAUCGCAUCAUGCCAAACCCAAGGGUUUGGUUUCUUAUUCAAGAGAGGAAGAGGGAUUAA